UGAUCCAGUUCGCUUUUAGGAAACUUGCCACAGACGUGAACCAGUCCCAUUCACAAGCGUCAACAGAGGCAAUGGAAUCAACUAUCAGCCUCCUCUCCGAGAAGCCCUUCCUGUGCUCUCUGUGCGAGGAAAUCUUCAGCAACCCAGUCACGACGCCCUGUGGACACAGCUUUUGUAAAAUGUGUCUGCGUGUGUACUGGAGCCGCAGUGGGUCAGAUGAGUGUCCACUCUGUAGGAGGGCCUUUGGUUCCAGACCCCAUCUCAGUGUUAACCGCAUACUGGCGGACGUCACUGAAAACUACAGGAAAACACGUUUGACUGCUAAAUCGAAGUUUUUUAGUAUGGAUGAACUGCAAGAUGAACCUAAGAAUGCAGGAGAGGUGGAACAAAUGAUCCAGGAGAGACUUCAGAAGGUUGAGAAACUUCAGUAUUCCUUAAAGCUGUUGAAGAAUACUUGUCUCAAGGAGGUUCAGGAGAGUCAGAGGGUGUUUUCUUCUCUGUUGAGCACAUUAGAGCAGAGCCAUAAACUGGUAGUGGAUGCAGUCGAGCAGAAACAAAGAGAGGCGGAGAAAAGAGUCGACAGACUUGUGAAAAGUCUGGAGAAAGAAAUCCUUGAUCUGAAAAGUGAACACACCCAGCCAGAGCACUUACGUUUGGAUGACAAGGAGCGUCUUAAAAAGAGUUUCAGUCAUAUACCGGCAGUGAUGAGAGACUGGUCUAAAGUCACACUGGAGACUGACCCUUGCGUUGGCUUCACCAGGCAGGCAGUGGUUGACUUCAUGGAUACAGCCAUGGUGGAAGCUAGAAGACUUUCUAAAGCAGAACUGAAGAGAUUGCAGAAAUACUCCGUUGACAUUACUCUGAAUCACCGGACAGCCCACCCCUAUCUCUACAUCUCUGAGGACAGGAAAGAGGUUAGACAUACAAUUAAGCGACAAGAAGUCCCAGAGAACCCUAAGAGGUUUGACCGGGUGGCCAAUGUGAUGGCCAAGGAAGCCCUUAGCUAUGGAAGACACCUCUGGGAAGUGGAUGUUGGAGAUAAGACUGAGUGGGACUUGGGCGUGGCCAGACAAACUGUCAACAGAAAGGGGAAAUUCACAAUAUGUCCUGCCAAUGGCUUCUGGACAUUUAGCUUAAAGAAUGGGACCCAGUAUGUGGCUAACACAUUCCCUCCCACUUCACUGAGCCUCGGUCAUAGGCCAAGAAAAGUGGCCAUCUACCUGGACUAUGGGGAGGGCCGCAUGUCUUUCUUCUGUUUGGACACUGGAGCUCAUAUCCACACUUUCAAAGAUACUUUCACAGAUAAGCUCCACCCCAUCCUCAGCCCGGGACGACCUCAUGGGGACAAGAACACUGCUCCUCUUAUAAUCAGCUCCAGCUGUUGCAGUAUCUGAACCAAUAUGCUGCCCUGACAUUUCAGGAUAUCAUUAUUAUUAGAAAAUUGCAAAUAUGCAAUUAUUUAUAAUUUUAUUUAUAUAUAUUAUUAUUUUACCAUUUGAAUGGGAUAUGAUGGUCAAGCUGCUCACAAGCCAUUUUCUUCUGUAAUCUGAUGUAUUUAUGAGCGAAACUGGAUAUUCAGUGAGAACAGAAACUGUUGGGCGGGACUUAAUUUGAUCUAGAAUUGUUUGGGCCAUCUACAUUUAGAUGCAUGAGGAUUUUAUUUACUUGAAAUUAUGAAUCACUCACAAUAAUGCUGCAUUAACUUCCUGUCAGAAUUACUGUUAUUACGAGAUGACAAUAGAGCACAACAGUACCCCGCCCGCUUGGUCAGCUUCUGGGUUCCGGAAGUAUUUUUCCCAUUCAUUUUUAACAUAGGCUUUUCAUAAAAUCCUCCAUAAGAGUUACAAGUCAUGAACCAAACCAACCAGCUCCAAGGUGAAUCACAACAACUCAAACUUUGAUUUAAGGGAAAACAUUAUUUGAAAAUUGCUCAAGACAAAGAUACAAGGCUAUGUACUUACCGUCUUUCACGAGGGUACAAACUACAAUCCCAUGAAGCAUUGAAUAAAAAACUAUGAGAAUAUGUGAAAGUAUUGAUUUUAGGUUGUUGAAUGUAAGUAUAGAAACAAUAUAUCUUGCGUUUAUUGCAAGAUAGUCCGAUAUAUAAGUAGUUUAAGGGUAAAGGGAGACCGACUCGAUGACGUCAUUCACAGUGCGUCAUCGGAGUGGGCGGUCACUCCGAACCACGUUUUGUGAGCUUCAACCUGCAGUUCUCUGAUUGGUAGAUCUUUCUCUGAUGUACCAUGGGUAAUGCUGUUGUUUAAUAUAAGUCCCACUAUCAAACACGAUUUGUAAACAUUGAAGUUGAGAACGCAGACAGAUGGCUUCAAUGGAAGCACAUGCCAUCGACAAACAAUCAAGUAGCUGCCUCUAAAGGUUUAUAAGUUAUCAUUGAAAAUAAAAUGGUCUAUGGGAUAAUUGAAUGGGAUUUUAACUUCUGGAACCAGACUGUGGCGCUCUAUUCCAAGAGUCUACUCGGACUGAGAAAUGAUUUGUUUCUAUGGCAAUGCCAAAAUGGAUCCAUCACUAGAUUAGCUCUGUACGCUAAUCACAACAUGCGUUCACCUCUACACGUUCUUGCAAAAAGUUUAAGAACAACAAUUACAAAAACCAAAAGUUUCCUCAAGUAGCACUGGCUUUAAUAAAGUGUCAUAUAA